AUGUUCCGCAACAGGCGCACAUCGCAAAAGCCGGACGAAGAGCUUAUCAGCAAGUUUAAGAAGACAUUUCCCGAUGUCAAUUCGACAGGCUCGACUUCCGAAGGUAGGCAUAGUGGCUCCGCUAACCCCGCUGCAGUGGACGGAGGAAUAUCUGGCCAAACCGACGAAGAUGAGAUCAAGGUCAACGAUCCAACUCCAAGAAACCUUCAAGAUCUUCGAUUCACACCGUCCUUAAUGGAUCCAAAUUCAUUUCAGUUCAUGGCGCUCGCAAACCAGCCUCCAGGCUAUUAUACGCCUACGCCUGGCGGAAUGACGACGUUAUACCAUCAUCAAGCCGGUGAUCUUCACACACCACUCGGCUACAACCUUGUCACGCCUAUUUCAUUACCCAACACACUUUCGGCCGGCUUUCCCGCUGGUCCUAACGGAGAGCUGCAUGUCAACCAUUUCCCCGCCCAGCAGCAACAAUUCAUGCCACAACACUACAAUCCUUUUGCCCAACAGACAGCCUUUGCGCCAAGUGCGUUUAUGCACCGAGAUUCGGUCUAUGAUCCUAUGGACAGAUCAGAAGAAUCUCCGAUAGAUCAAAUGACAGUGCCAGGGGCUCAGCCAAUGAAUCUGAUGAUGCCUGGCGUCGGCUUUUCGGACCAAAUGGAAGUGAGUUCGGAAACAGAUGGCGAGAAGUUUCGAUUUGGCGUCACCUUACGCGCCCCUACAGCCAUGGUGAAGCAUGCAGAUGAGAUUCCAGUCACCUAUCUAAACAAAGGUCAAGCAUACUCAGUCUCAGUUGUCGACACAUCACCGCCCCCACCGGGUGCGCAGCCUCGCAAGUAUCGAACAUAUAUUCGCGUUUCGUUUGAAGAUGAACAGCAGCGAUCCAAGCCUUCUACUUGCUGGCAAUUAUGGAAGGAAGGACGUGGUUCGAGCGAAGCCCACCAAAGAGGCGGCAAACUACUUGCAGUUGAAUACGUUGAUCCUAACCAAGGUGCAGACAGUGAUCAGAGCCAGCGUCAAAUUGAGCUUGAAAAGGCUUCAUUUGAUGGUUUCUGUGUUACAUGGACAGCAAAUUCUACGAGCGCUUCCGCGGACUGUGCGAUUUCUGUUCGUUUCAAUUUUCUUUCAACCGAUUUUAGCCAUUCGAAAGGUGUCAAGGGUAUUCCCGUUCGAUUUUGCGCAAAAACCGAGAUUGUCUCCCCCAGCGACACGACGCCCGAUUUGCCAAGAUCCGAAGUUUCGUACUGCAAGGUCAAGCUUUUCCGUGACCACGGCGCCGAGCGCAAACUUUCCAACGACAUUGCCCACGUCAAAAAGACGAUGGAGAAAUUAAAACAACAAAUGGCCCAACUUGAGAUGGGUGGAGGUAAUUUUGGCAAACGCAAACGUAAUAAUGUGAAUGUCUCGGUUAAAUCUGACACUGCUCGCCCAGUCAAAGUUCCCAAGCACAAGCGAACGUGGUCGAUGGACUCGCAAGAAAACGACGCCAAACUCUCUCCGGAAGACGACCUUCAUUUGAAAUACGCGAUGAUGCAAGACAUGUUCUCGUCAACCCGCCCCGUUAGUGUUCUCGCUCUUCGAGGCGACGAUCAAGACGACCCCGAUCUGUUCCCUGUCGUAUUGCCCGGCGAUCUACAAGAGUUCAAGUUCGAAGGUCUCUCCCGACAGAGUACUCGCGAGUCACUGUAUAGCAAUGACGCAGCUUCCGGCAUUUCCAACAUUCUUUCUCCCUCAAACAGUAGCUUUUCGAAUACAAACUCUCCACGACGGCCUCCGGAAAGACAAUUGUCGAACCAGACCUUCAUGAGCCAGGAAGAGGGCAUGGAGUGGUCCAAUGCCGCCCUUCUUACACAACCUGUAAAGGUGAAGAAGGGCACCACAGGUUACAUUGAGGCUAUCGACAUUGAUCCAACCUACAGACCGCCAGCGGAACGCCCUCCCAAGCCAAUUGCAUGUUUCUAUAUUCGAUUCCCUGACGAGCAAAACGGUGAUUACUACAGAGCCGUCUAUCUAACGGAGAGAACAGUCCGAGAUCUCAUGACCAAGAUAUCGGAAAAAUACAAGAUUGAUCCCGAUCGCAUUGUUCGCAUAUUACGUGUCAGUCGUGAAGGACUCAAGAUCAUGGUUGAUGAUGAUGUGGUUCAGCAACUACCCGAAGGACAGGACAUGGUUGCUGAAAUCACCGAGACGUCGAAAUUGGAGGUUACUACUCCGGAUACUAGUACUCCUCCGACAGCAGCGGUGGAAGUCAAACUGACUUACUAA